AGGCAGUCACCACACAUCCUGCAUCCACAGACUAUGGAGCCUCUUCUCCUGCUUCUCGGUCUCUGCUCAGCUGGCCUCGCCCUGGGCUCCGAACAUGAGACCCGUCUGGUGGCAAAGCUAUUUAAAGACUACAGCAGUGUGGUACGGCCAGUGGCGGACCAUCGCCAGGUUGUGGAGGUCACCGUGGGCCUGCAGCUGAUCCAGCUCAUCAAUGUGGAUGAAGUAAAUCAGAUCGUGACAACCAAUGUUCGUCUGAAACAGCAAUGGGUGGAUAUCAACCUAAAAUGGAACCCAGAUGACUAUGGUGGUGUGAAAAAAAUUCAUGUUCCCUCAGAAAAGAUCUGGCACCCAGACUUUGUUCUCUAUAACAAUGCAGAUGGAGACUUUGCCAUUGUCAAGUUCACCAAAGUGCUGCUGGACUACACAGGCCACAUCACGUGGACACCUCCAGCCAUCUUUAAAAGCUACUGCGAGAUCAUCGUCACCCACUUUCCCUUUGAUGAGCAGAACUGCAGCAUGAAGCUGGGCACCUGGACCUACGAUGGUUCUGUGGUGGCCAUCAACCCGGAAAGUGACCAGCCAGACCUGAGCAAUUUCAUGGAGAGUGGGGAAUGGGUGAUCAAGGAGGCCCGGGGCUGGAAACACUGGGUGUUCUACUCCUGCUGCCCCAACACCCCUUACCUGGACAUCACCUACCACUUCGUCAUGCAGCGCCUGCCCCUCUACUUCAUCGUCAACGUCAUCAUUCCCUGCCUGCUCUUCUCCUUCCUGACCAGCCUGGUGUUCUACCUGCCCACGGACUCAGGGGAGAAGAUGACGCUGAGCAUCUCGGUCUUAUUGUCCUUGACUGUGUUCCUGCUGGUCAUCGUGGAGUUGAUUCCUUCCACCUCCAGUGCUGUGCCCCUGAUUGGGAAAUACAUGUUGUUCACAAUGGUGUUCGUCAUCGCAUCCAUCAUUAUCACUGUCAUAGUCAUCAACACACACCACCGCUCUCCCAGCACCCACGACAUGCCCGGGUGGGUGCGGAAGGUUUUUAUCGACACUAUCCCAAACAUCAUGUUUUUCUCCACAAUGAAAAGACCAUCCAGAGACAAACAAGAGAAGAAGAUUUUUACAGAAGACAUUGAUAUUUCUGACAUUUCUGGGAAGCCAGGGCCUCCACCCAUGGGCUUCCACUCUCCCCUGAUCAAGCACCCUGAGGUGAAAAGUGCCAUUGAAGGUGUCAAGUACAUCGCAGAGACCAUGAAGUCAGACCAGGAGUCCAAUAACGCGGCCGAGGAGUGGAAGUUCGUCGCGAUGGUGAUGGACCACAUCCUCCUUGGCGUCUUCAUGAUCGUCUGUCUCAUCGGAACCCUGGCUGUGUUCGCAGGCCGGCUCAUUGAAUUAAAUCAGCAAACGUGAGCAGAGGCCACCAUGAGCCUAGCUCUGCCUCAGGAGCAGCCAGAGGAGGGAAAGGCAGGAAAGAAGAGGGCUGUCUACUUUCAUACACGCUCACUUAUCAGACAUGCAACUUUCUGGACUCAUUACGAAUGUAGUGCUUUAUGUUUACAUAAGGUUGUAUUUUCCCUUGGCUUCUCCCUUCAGCCUGGCAGUGUCUCCCUGGAGAGCAAAUCCUUUCAGUAACUGAAAAUGGAUCUUUAAAAGAAGUGCGCACUUCCAAGUGCGAUCCAGGAGUUUUGUCUGGAUGGCCAAGGUUUUCUAUUGUGUUGUCAUUGCUAAUUGCUACUUUUUAAAGCACAGGGUGCGCUUUGCUUAAGACCCUACUAGGAAAACCCCAUCUACUAGACCCAAAAAAAUAAAGCAUUUGAUUUGGACAAACAGGAAACAGUAGAAAUAAGGUAACUUUCAGAAUUGCUACCAAAUGCAAAUGGCAUCAAAAACACAUGUUUUAAAAUAGAUUUCUAGAACUGGGAGGUGGUUCUCAGGUGGUUUUGUUUUUUGUUUUGAGGGCUUUUUUGGGGGGAGGGUGCUGGGGAUUGAACCCAGGGCCUUGCACAUGGGAAGCAUGCGCUGUACCCCUGAGCUGCACCUGGAUCCCAAAACUUCCCAGUUUAAAGGACAAGACCCCUACUUUGGUUUUAUGCUCAGGAUUUGAAGGAAAACAGGUCGUAACAUGACUGAGUGUAUGCCGGGCCCUGUGGGAACCAUCUUACCUAUGUUUUAUUUCAUCCUAAUAAUUUCAGACAGUACCUAUUUUGCAAAGAAGAAAAUGGAAUUCCAGACAGGUGACGUUCUUUGCUGAAACUGGAAGAACUGAUUUGAACCCAGACCUUGAGAUCCCAAGACAACUGCAGGCUGGCUCAGUCAUCUGCUUGCUUGCUCUCUUGACCACUCCUAGCUCGAUCUAAGCUAUUCUAUAACUCUGGUCUGUGCUGCUGAGAGUUCAGCCUCAGUGACAGUCAUCUUUCUGCUUUCCCAAUUAACUGCCUGCCUUUAUCUCUCCGUCCUUACACCAAUCAUGUUUGAGGUUUUAGUUUUAUAAAUGAAAGCAGAAAUGUAUGUAAAAAUCACCAUUGUCUCAAAAAUUCUGAGGAAUCAAGAGAGAAAAUGAUUUAUUUCUCACCAGUAAACUUCAAGCCUCAGAAUGAGAAACGGUGUGGCUCUAGCUUCCUUUGAAUCACUGGAACACAACUGAUCCAGGACAGCUCUAGGGGACAGCAGUAAAUUGCACAACUGUGGGGCAAGUGUGAGCCCUGGUGGUUUCAAUCCAUUUCUCAUGGGCCUUUCCAUCACACACCCAUAGUAGGGCUGGUGCUGUCAUUCAAGAGUAAAACCGUUUUCCCAGUCUAAAGGGGAAAGAGUUGGCAGUUCCUUAAAAAGUCCCUCACGGAGUUCCUGUAUGAUUAAACACUUCCACUCCUUGGUGUAUCCUAAGAGACUUGAACAGAUAUUUGUACACUGAUGUUCAUAGCAGCAAAUAGCCCAAAAAAGGAAGUAGGGUCCGUCAAUGGAGGAAUGGAAAGACAAAAUGUGGUCUACUCACAAUGGAGUAUUAUGCAGCCUUAAAAAGGAAUGAAAUUCUGGGCCAUGCUACAACAUGGAUAAACCUCAAAAACAUUAUGCUAAAUGAAAUCAGCCAGAUUCAAAGGAUAAAAAGUGUAUAAUUAUGAGAUAUUUAGAAGUUCAUAAAGACAGAAACAGAAUAGAGGUUAUUGGGAACUGAGGGUGGGGUGGGGAUUUAGUGUUCAUGGGUGUAGAGUUUUACUUUGGAAGAUGAAAACACACAGCAUUAUUAAUACUUAACACCAUUGAGCCACGAGCUGAAAAAUGCUUAAAAUGAUAAAUGUUGUGUUUGUAUUUUACCACCAUCUUUGAGAAAAGAGCAAAGUAAAGGCCCCAGUACCCAAGCACUGGCUACAGAUUCAGAAAAGAGACUGAAAACCACUUUGUCCACUUCCCUCGUCUUAUGAACAAGGAAACUAAGACUUACAGAAGUGACCUUCCUCGGGUCACAAAGCUAGCUGGCAAGAAGCCAGAUCUGCUAACUCCUGCUCUCACGCUAUUUCCAUUCCACUGAAAAAUCCAUUUCUCCCCAAGAAGUGGUGUCUUUCACAUGUCCCCUCCCCACCUGGUCCUGGGAGCCACAGCCCUGACCCCCCGAGUGGGUACAAUGCCACAUUGCACUGCCCCAGCCGCUGAAUCUGCUCCAUCCACCUGCUGGCAAGCCAAAGACCUCAUCUUUGGCAUCUCUUCCCUUUGUCGCAGCCUGGUUUCCAGAAGGUCACUGAUGAAACUGGAGGGGAGAUGUACUCCCCACCCCCACCCCCAGCCCCCCGCUAGCCCUGCGUGCUCUGUGGAUGAGCCUGGGUAAUAAGAAGCACACUGAGGAACUGGAACACAAGGUAUGCUGUGACAUUGUGAAUUUACAGAUUAAAAAUGGAGCAGGAAUUUUUCAGGACUUAAAUCCCUAUGUCUUCUUUUGGUGGUGGUCUCAGUAAGAAGGAGGGACUCCAGGAAAGUCAGAGGAGUCCUGUAGGAGUUUCCUGGGUUGCAGCAACAAACUACCCCAACACGGGAGCCUGCAAGCAAACAGAAUUUAUUCUCUCAGUUCCAGAUGCCCGCUAUGGACCAAACUGUGUCUCUCUCUGUUCCAUGUCUUGAAGCUCUAAACUACCAGUGUGACAGUAUUUGGAGAUGGGGGUCUUUGGGAGAUAAUUAGCUUUUGAUGAGGUCACCAGGGUGGGGCUUUUUGUGGA